CAUUCCACAGAAAAGCCAGCGUGGGUUAGAGCGAGACACACUGUGGAAGAUCCGCGGAGAAAACAGCGGUGUUCCUUUAUUUAUUUCUAUUUUUAUUUUGUGCUGUAGAGGUUAUUUAUUAAAUCUAAGAGGAAAAUGAGCGGAGUGACGAGAAGUCUUUGCACCAUUGAGGACAUCAGAAACAAUGAAUAUGCUGAGGGGUGUAGGCGACUGCGGCUUACGCUGCACGACCAGAGAGAGGCAAACCGGAGCGCAGAGCAGAACCGUGAUAAGCCGAUUGGACGAGCUUACGCACUGGUCCAGCCGGCCAGCGACAGGACAGCUUCGUACCCGGAACCGGUGAAGUCGAAACGAGAGGAGCAGGUGGAGAUCAUUAAGGUUUAUCUGGAGGCCCGCAGACAAGAACAGCAGAAAGAACAGGAGAACCUGAAGAUGCUGUCAGAUGAAGUUUCACAGAUACAGGAGGUGAGAUACUGUCUGAAGAACCUGAGGGAGCAGAUGGCAGCCAAAAACAAGCCGCAGACAAACGGGUGGAAGGUCGGCAUCCCGUUCAGAAAGAAUGGAAUGUCUGCUUCCAAAAGUGGAUCCAAAGCUGAUGGACAGGAUGCAGAUGAGGAAGCAGAGAGAGAGAAGCUGAGAGAGGUCAGCAAGCGUUUGUUUGCACAGCUGCAGGAGACGGAAAAGAAGCACCAGGAGGAGAGAGAGAGACUGCAGGCUGAAGGCAGCAGGCUUAGAGAGUGUCUGAACGACAAGGAGGAGAAGCUGAGGGUUAAAGAAGAAGAAGUCGAGAAGAGAGACGAGCGCAUUGAAGACCUGCAGAGGCUGCUGGGAGGGAUGGAGCAGGAGAGCGCCGCCCUGAGGGAGACCAUCCGCAGCCGCGAGGAUGAACUACGCGAGCUGAGGAAGAUCAGAGAAGAGGGCCACCAGGGGGAGCAGAGGGCUGAGCAGUUGGAGAAGGAGGUGGCUAUUCUCAAAGAAAAAAUUCACCAUCUGGAUGACAUGCUGAAAAGCCAACAGAGGAAAGUCAGACACAUGAUUGAGCAGCUCCAGAACUCUCGCAUGGUGAUCCAGGAGCGGGACCGCGUGAUCAGAGAGCUGGAGGAGAAAGUGGCUUUCUUAGAGGCUGAGAAUCGAGAGAUGCGUGACCAGAUGGACUACUUCCUGGGAGGGCAAAGGUCAAACUCAUAUCUCUCAUCAGAGCGCAACCCACAGAUAAUCUACAGUAAACCCCUGAAGCCAUCAUCGUCCUCUAACAAGCCACUCCCCUUUAUCAAAGUCAUCGAGAUCAAGUCAUGAAGCAACAGAAGAACCAGAACCUGCAGGCUUUUUUCAGACUGAACUCAGACAGCAGCUCUGUUGACGACAUCUUCAAAUGAAUUAACAUAGGGAGGAUCUGAGCUGAACUUUCUCAAACUGUAACACCUUUGCUAUAGCUGCAUUUGAACUAAACCUCUUUUGAAGGAACUGAGGAGUGAUUAGCAGCACCCACUGGGUAUUUGACUAAUGACUGUAUGUAAGUCGGCUUUAAUGUAGAUGCAAUAGAGACUCAGACGUACAUUAUGUGUUUGCUUUUAGUUUGAGCGAACGCUCUGCUUGUUCCGCCCCAUUCCAAUAUUUUUAUCCCGCAAAUGAACUUUGAGUUUAUAGGGUUGACUGUGCAGUUUGUUCUUCUUCCUGACCACAUCACGAGGCUGUAAUAAAGAAAUGUAGCAUCUAUGUUUUGUUGCUUUCCAAACUGUCCUGAUAGAUCAUGUUAGAAUCCUUGACUUACUCUAAACUGUCAGUCAUCUUUGGCUCUGUUCACUUCUAUGUGUGAAUAUAUGGUUGUUUCAG